AGAAGAAGAAGAAGAAGAAGAAGAAGAAGAAGCAGUCCCUGUCCCUCUGUGGCUUCCGUAGAUUAACAUGAAGUCAAAAUGGCUGCUCCCGUUGACAACGAUUUAGUUAGAAGUGAUUUGCCUAACGCUGUGCAGCUGCUGAAUGAUCUCACAGAACAGGUGGUCUCAGUCACGAGUCAUGUCGGUGAGCUGCUACCUAAAAUCAAAGAUGGGACAUUCAGGACAGAACAGGGUUUAUCUUUCUUGGAUCUUCGGUAUCACCUGCUGCUCUUCUACCUUCAGGACCUCACUCACCUCAUCAACAUCAAGACCGAAGGGGGCAAAAUAAAAAACAGUGAAGCUUUGAACAGAGUGGUCACAGUCCGAACAGUCUUGGAUAAGAUGCGACCCCUAGACCACAAAAUGAAGUACCAGAUUGAUAAGCUGGUGCGCACAGCUGUUACUGGCAGUUUAGCUGAAAAUGACUUGCUGCAGCUACGUCCCAAUCCUGAUAAUCUCAUCAACAAACUGAAUGAGUCUGAGGAAUCUGAAGAUGAAGCUAAGAGAAAGGCCAGCUCAGAGAGGAAAGCCCCCCACGCUCCUGGCAAGAAAUAUGUACCUCCAAAGAUUGCUCCAGUGCAUUAUGAUGGGGACCUGAUGGAGGCAGACAGGAGAAAUGCUCAGGUGGAGCACCAGCGACAAGCAGCUCUGAGGAGCUCUGUGAUCCAGGAGCUGAGGCAGCAGUACAGCGACGCCCCUGAGGAGAUCAUUGAUGCACGAGAUUUUCAGAGAGAACGGGAGAGCCGUGAGGACAUACACAGGAAAAAUUAUGAGGAGUCAAUGAUGGUGCGUCUCAGCAUGCCGAAGAGUCAGAGAAAUGCAAGGAAGAGAGGUGUGCCGGCCAUGUCCAGCCAGCUGAGCAGCAUCACACAUUUCAGUGACAUCACGGCACUGACAGGUGGCGUGGGCGGCCAGGAUGGAGAGAACACUAGCCCCAAGAAAAAGAAGAAACUCAUGAAAAAGAAAACCAAGAGGAGAGCUUUCAGGAAGCACAGAUACACCUGAACUGUGACGUGCAAUGGAGGCCAGAGGAUUUUUUUUUUUUUACCAAGAGCCACCACUUACACAUCGACUUUCUCAUUUGAAUAAACAUUUAUAAUCAGUACGUUUGACGUUUUAUUUUCCUUCAUCAAAGCACAGACAGAUUAGGUAAUAGACCAUCAUUCAGCCAAAAACAGUUACAUUUAAAAAAAAAUUUUUUAACUCUUACUGUAAAUGCUGCUAUGAAGCUUGAGACACUAAGUCAGUCAUUUCCAAAUAUUGCAUUUACAAAGAACCCAUUGAUUCUGGUUUGGGCUACAUGCAGACCUGCCAAUACUAAAUGAUUCACUAAACCCUGUGAUAUUACUUGCUAGGGACCAGUUUGACACUUAAAUACUUGUAGAUGGAAGCAGACCAAAGGAGUGCGGCUAUAAGUGAUUUUACACCACCAUGCAGAAUUCUUCAGGACAAAGUCACACACAAAGUUAUUUUUACACAAUGUCUUUAUUUUUUUUCCUAAUUACAGACUUGUGGGGUAAAAAUAAAAAUAAAAAAGCAAAACAUUUGUUCAAACCCAUUUCCCCUAAAAGAAAAACAAACCCCACCCUCAACUUUCCCUGCCCCAACGCAACAGCUCCAGCGCACUCCGUUUAUUAAAUUAAAUGAUGCCACUGGCUCGUUAGCCUCACACAAGCCCGGUCUGCACUGAAACGGGGGCACCAUCCAGACUGCACUGUACACCCUCUACCAAA